AUGGCGCCCAAGGCGGCCAAGAAGGACGAGCUUCAACAAAAGAGCCCUGCAGAGUUCUUUGCCGACAACAAGAACAUCGCCGGCUUUGACAAUCCUGGCAAGUGCCUGUACACCACCGUGAGGGAGCUGGUGGAGAACGCACUGGACAGCGCGGAGAGCAUCAGCGUGCUGCCAGAGAUCACCAUCACUGUGGAGGAGGUGUCUAAGGCGCGUCUGAACCGCCUGAGGGGGGUGGAGCACCACGACAGGAUCGACGAGGCCCUCUACCAGGACUGGGAGAGCGAGGACGCGAGGAGGCGCCGCCUGGCCAAGGAGGCAAAAGAGAAGGAGCGGCUGGAGAAGAUCGCAACAAAGAAGGGGGAGGCGGCCGCGGCGGUGGAGCGCAAGGCGUCCGAUGCGAAGCGGGCCAAGGAAGGGGUGGGGCGCGGCAACCUCUUCUACAGGGUGACCGUCAAGGACAAUGGCAGCGGCAUGCCCCACAAGGACAUCCCUGACAUGCUGGGCCGCGUGCUGUCCGGCACCAAGUACGGCGUGAAGCAGACGCGCGGCAAGUUUGGUCUUGGCGCCAAGAUGGCGCUGAUCUGGUCAAAGAUGACCACAGGGCUGCCCUUCACCAUCAGCUCCGCCACCAGGCGCCAGGACUUCAGGAGCCACUACAUCCUCGACAUCGACAUACACAGGUGA